AGAAUGGAGUUCCCAUGUCCAAGUUUCAACCGUCCAUAACCAAAGUACAGAAUCUUUUGAACAUUUUCUUCAGAGUCUUGUCCUAAAUUCAUGGCAGACUCAUCCGGGAACAACCAUCCUCCCCCACAGCCUACGCCAGCUCCCACGGCGGCUCCGACAGCUACUCCGCCAACUGAUGAGGAUCAGGCCAAGUGGGGCACUCGUAUCAUGGGUCAACCAGCAGCUCCAACAACUCAUCCAGACAAUCAGAGGGCAGCCUCCUGGGUCAAUCAGCACCACCCCUAUGUUGUUCACUCACCUGUGGACAAGCCUAGCGAGAACCCUGGUGAAUCUGUGAUUCAUAUGUUCAAUUCUUGGAGCCAUAGAGCUGAAACUGUAGCAAAGAACAUCUGGCACAAUUUGAAAACUGGACCAUCGGUUUCAGGAACUGCAUGGGGAAAACUUAAUUUGACAGCAAAGGCGUUGACUGAAGGGGGAUUUGAGUCUCAUUACAAGCAGAUAUUUGCUACAGAUCCAAAUGAGAGGUUGAAGAAGACCUUUGCUUGUUACCUUUCAACCUCAACACGUCCUGUUGCUGGAACUCUUUAUUUGUCAACAGUUCGAGUGGCCUUCUGCAGUGAUCGUCCCUUGUCCUUUAGAGCUCCUUCUGGGCAAGAAACUUGGAGCUAUUACAAGGUUAUGAUACCUUUGGCAAACAUUGCGAAUGUGAAUCCUGUUGUUAUGAAACAAAAUCCACCAGAAAAAUAUAUUCAGAUUGUGACGGUUGAUCGACAUGAGUUUUGGUUCAUGGGAGUUGUUAAUUUUGAGAAAGCAUCACAUCAUCUCUUAGACAGCGUUUCUGAUUUCGGAGCUCGUCAAAAUGCUUCUACUGUUGAAUUCAAAGCCAAGCCUCAAUUGAUGACUUUUUCAAGCCAAAAUUGAGGACUUUGAAUUCUUUGGCCUAAGUUUCUAAAUCCCACAUCGGUUAAGUUUAACAUUUGAGAGGUUGUUUGAGAACUAUAAAUAGCUCUCAAACAAACCAAUUCAAGCACACCAAGCAAGAGCCAAUAACUUGCUUUCUUCUCUCUCUUUGUAAUAUUUCUUCUAGUGAAAUAUUAAAUUGUCGGUAGUGUCCGAGGACGUAGGCAAAUUAGCCGAACCUCGUUAAAUUCUAGUGUUCUAUUUUAUUGUCUAUUUAGUAGCUAUAUUUGUAGGUAUAUUUGUAGUGAGUUAUUGUGCAAUUAAGUGCAUAUAUAGGUGAUUCUGUCUAGGAAAUUGGUACUUAAGCAGGCCAGUGUGCCUCACCAAAUAUUUCCUGGGAAUUACCAUUUUGCAAUUUUAGGUACAAUAAUUUACUCGUUAUACCUUAACUUUGGUAGGGCU